CCCGGGACUGUCCAUCUUUUUAAAGGGUGCCCCGGGACUGUCCAUCUUUUUAAAGGGUGCCCCGGGACUGUCCAUCUUUUUAAAGGGUGCCCCGGGACUGUCCAUCUUUUUAAAGGGUGCCCCGGGACUGUCCAUCUUUUUAAAAGGGGUGCCCCGGGACUGUCCAUCAUUUUAAAGGGUGCCCCGGGACUGUCCAUCAUUUUAAAGGGUGCCCCGGGACUGUCCAUCAUUUUAAAGGGUGCCCCGGGACUGUCCAUCAUUUUAAAGGGUGCCCCGGGACUGUCCAUCAUUUUAAAGGGUGCCCCGGGACUGUCCAUCAUUUUUAAAGGGUGCCCCGGGACUGUCCAUCAUUUUAAAGGGUGCCCCGGGACUGUCCAUCAUUUUAAAGGGUGCCCCGGGACUGUCCAUCAUUUUAAAGGGUGCCCCGGGACUGUCCAUCAUUUUUAAAGGGUGCCCCGGGACUGUCCAU